UCAGUGUUCACAAGCUGCAAAGCCUACCCUUUUGGCUCUAGAAUGACUGGUUUAGGAUGUGAAAGUAGCGAUCUUGACAUUUUUUUUGACAGUGGUUCCAUGUAUAAUGGAUUACAAAACCAAAACAGUCAAUUUCAGAAUUCGUUAAUUGAUGUAUGUUGUGAGGUGUUAAAAAAAUGUGACGAGUGGGACUUUGUGUUCCCUGUUACAAAAGCUAGAACACCAAUUAUUAAAGCAUUUAAUACUGUAUAUAAAAUGGACUGUGAUAUAUCUUUUAGAAAUGGCUUAGGUGUUGAAAAUACUGUCAUAUUAAAGCGAAUAUUAAAUGAUCAACCUAUAGCAAAGCGCAUGAUAUUAAUUUUGAAACAUUGGUUAAAACUAAUUAAAGUUUCAAUGAAUGGGUAUGCUAUAGCAUAUCUUGUUAUAUUUUAUCUUCAGCUACAAAAGCUCAUUGUACCUGUAUGGCAUAUGACUACAGGAAGUAGUCAUGAAAAAAAAAUUAUUUGCGGUUGGGAGUGCCAAGUUGUAGACUAUGUGGCUUUUCCGAAAAGCACUGAAAAAUUAUCGAAUUUAUUGCGUGGUUUUUUCAAAUAUUAUGGAGAAUUCAAUUACUCACAGAAUGUGAUUUGUCCAUUAUUGGGUCAGAUAGUUAAUAAAGAAGAGUUUGAAGAUUACAUGUCACUUCCUCAGCAAUUUAAACCAUAUAUAGAUCAUUGUCAACGAAUUUCAAGGGCUACAUUAAAUGAUUUCGAUUCAAACGAUAUGGAUUCAAACGAUAUGAAUUCAAACGAUAUGGUGUUACUUGAUCAGUUAUAUUAUGGACCCCUAAAAACUGAUGCUUCAAUGUGUCUUCAGGAUCCUGUUGAUUUGUCUCAUAAUGUAACUAAAGGUAUUCGACCUACAGAUUUGGAAAAAUUUAAAAUUAUGUGCGAGUUUUCUUCAUCCAUUAUUGCCACUAAGAAUUCAAGUGAUCGUGCGGAUAAUUAUAUUGAUGAAUAAUGAGCUGCAUAAUAGUUUGAUUGUCGUUUCAAGCAUACAAGU